AAGCUGGAAAAACCCCCUGUGGCGGUCCCACAUGCCUCAGCAGCGUCGCUGACCAAGUGUUCGAUAAAAUUAUCGAAAGAGAAAAAAAGCCCCAAAACAAGGCAAAAACAUGGGCAGGAGAGGAGGAGCCAAGAGAACAGGAAAUACAGCAUACGGGUCUAACAACACCAUAUCACUGAGAGAAGAAUUGACAGGCAAGAAGCAAACCAAGGGACCCGCCGUCAACGCCAAGUCUGCACUGAAGCUCGAGCACUUGCAGAGACUCGCUGUAUGGGCUGGUGGGGAAACUUCUGUUCCUUCUCUGGGUGCCUUCUUCGCGCACACGUUGGCCUCUGCUCAGGAGGCUCUGGGCGUACCUCCUGACCCAUCUCUGUUUACUUGCCAGAGAUGUGAAACAAUUCUUCAGCCUGGCUUGAACUGCACUGUUCGAAUUGAGAAAAAUAGAUCAAAGAAACGACGAAAAAGUAAGAAACCAACUAGUUUCUCUCAAAACAAUGUAGUGUAUACAUGCCACUUCUGUUCACAUCGGAAUUUGAAGAGAGGGACUCCACAUGGACAUAUGAAAGUGAUAUGCCCCACUAAGACCAAAACAACUUUGAAACUGAAACCUGCUAAAUCCAUUUCCCAGAAGUUUGUCAGUUCAAAGAAGAGCAUUGUAGCUGAAGAUGAGGUUAGGAAAGCAAAUGAGAUAGCUGCAUCAGAAAUAAUUAAAGUGAAUGAGAUAGCUUCAUCAGAAAUAACAAGAGAGAUUCAAGCGAAUGAGAUAGCUUCAUCAGAAAUAGUAAGAGAGAUUCAAGGGAAUGAGACAGCUUCAGAAAUAGAGAAUGAGACAGCUUCAUCAGAAAUAGCAAGAGAAAUUCAAGAGAAAGAGACAGCUUCAUUAGAAAUAGCAAGAGAGAAUCGUAUUAUGGAAACUCGGGCAGAUGAAGAUGAGGUUACUAUAGUGAAUGAGAUGGCUUCUUCAGCAAUAGGCGGGGAGAUUCCAACGGUGGACAGUCCUGAAACUCCAAAGGUGAGGACUGGACCUACUUUGUUACUUGGAGGGAAGAGGAGAAAGCGAAACAAAUCAGUGUCCAAGAAACCAGCUGAACCUGAGAACAGUCCUAACCCGACAGAUGCAGAAAACACUGGCAGCAUGUCAAACAAACGGAGGAGAAAGAAGUGGACUAGUUUGAAGGAAAUCGCUGAAAGCAGUGAGCACAAGAACAUCCGUAACAUUAGUGAUUUGACAAUCCCUUUCUUUGUCUAAGGUGCACAGCUCCAUAUGGCAAGUGGAAUCAGUGGAAAACACAUUUUGUAGCUUGGCAGUAGAUCAAAUUUUGAAUGAUAUAAAAUAUCCCCUUAUAGUUCCCUUUUGUAUU